GCCAGGAGGAGAGUCGGUGGUCUUCCCCCGCUUGCGCCGCGUUUCCGCGCCCUUUCGGCUGGACACCCGGGACCCUAGUAAUUCAGAGAAGCAGCUUGGACACCCACUGGCCAGAGGCCCCCAGAGCCAUGGCAGAACUUUGAGUGAGGCCUGGUGACUGGCACCCAUUGUUGCCCUCCAGCCUUCCCAGUCCAGCUUCAAGAUGCUGAGCCUGAAGCUGCCCAGGCUGUUCAGCAUAGAACAGAUGCCCCAGGUGUUCCACGAGCAGGGCAUUCUCUUCGGCUACCGACAUCCACAGAGUUCCGCCACCGCCUGUGUCCUCAGUCUUUUCCAGAUGACCAAUGAGACCCUCAACAUCUGGACGCACUUGCUGCCCUUCUGGUUCUUCAUGUGGAGGUUUGUGAGCACCCUGCGUGUGACGGACAUCCUGAAUGACAGCUACUCCUGGCCUCUGCUCGUGUACAUGGGUGCCAGCUGCGUGUACCCCCUUGCAUCCAGCUGUGCACACACCUUCAGCUCCAUGUCCAAGAACGCCCGGCACAUCUGCUACUUCCUGGACUAUGGAGCUGUCAACCUCUUCAGCCUGGCCAGCGCUGAGUCCCGCUUCCUGCCCAAGGCCGGUUUUUCUUCCCCAGGCUCGGCCAUCGCCUACUCUGCGUAUGUGUUCCCAGACACGCUGGUGUGCACCACCUUUCACGACUACUACGUGGCCCUGGCCGUGCUGAACACCGUCGUCAGCACUGGCCUCUCCUGCUACUCCAGGUUUCUUGAGAUCCGGAAGCCCGGGCUCUGUAAGAUCCUUCGUGUCUUGGCCUUUGCUUAUCCAUAUACCUGGGACUCCCUCCCCAUCUUCUCCAGGCUGUUCUUCUUCCCUGGGGAGAGUGCGCACAACGAAGCCACCAUGUACCACCAGAAGCACAUGGCCAUGACCCUCCUGGCCUCUUUCUUCUACUCUGCACAUCUGCCAGAGCGCCUGGCCCCUGGACGCUUUGACUACAUCGGUCACAGUCACCAGCUGUUUCAUGUGUGUGUGAUCCUGGCCACACACAUGCAGAUGGAAGCCAUACUUCUGGACAAGUCUCUGAGGAAGGAAUGGCUCCUGGCCAACUGCAAGCCUCUGUUGUUCCCUCAGAUAGCCGGAGCCAUACUUCUGUGCCUCAUCUUCAGCCUCAGCAACAUAAUUUAUUUCUCAGCUGCUCUGUAUCGGAUUCCCGAGCCAGAAUUACAUAAAAAAGAAACAUGAUUCAGACCA